CUGUCCAUAGUAGAGUAGAGUUUCUUGACACUGCUGGCGCUGAUUGUUGUAAACUGAAAUAGUAUAAAAAGCAUUUAGUACUUACUUAUUCCACAGGAAUUUUUUUUUUGGGUCGGCUUGUGAAUGAUACAAUCACCUAAAGUUUAUUAAUUUCUGAAACUUGUUAGGCUCUUAAGGUCAGUAGGGGUAGUGUAUGUGAUUGUUUACUAACACUCAACGUCGAAGUUCCCUUCGCAUUGUCCGGCAUCAAGUUAACUGUUUAGUUAGUACUUGAUUAAGUAAUAUGGAAGCACUAAACGGCAAGAUGUCAACAACUCCGACGACGACAACAAUGCCAUCAGCAACAACAGAAUUGUUCAAAAAAGGUGUAAAAGCUCAAUUCGGUCGGAAACCUCCGAACUUUACAAAGCUGCGUGAGGACUUGAGACAAAGGUGUAAGCAACGCAUGAAAGAGCAACGCGAAGAAUUGUUUAUGCAGCGCAGGUUCGGCGUUAGCAAUGACAAUGAGGUCGACGACAAGCUGAAGGAGAUCUUGGAGGAGGAACUCAAAGACCUCGUACACACCGACAGUGCUUGCGAGGCAAGAAGUGAAAUUGAAAAGCAUAUCGACAGUAGUCAGAUCAUCGACGAACUUCGUACUGAACUUGAACAGUCGAUUAUUGCCAAUGAUGAAUCCAAUUAAAUUGGGAAGCUAAGGGAAAUUAGCAAAAAUCUCAGUAUCACCCAUCUAGAUGAAUAAAUAUUUUUUUAUAAAGCAUGUGUACCUGCUCUAUUAUAAUACACUUACAAAGACGUGAAUAGCUCAUAGGUUCCUUUGUUUUUAUCAAAUAUUUAUAUUUGAGUUAAAAAUUUGAGUUUUUUUUUUUUAAUUUAUUUAUGUACUUGAAAAGUAUAGGAAUUAAGAUGUUAAAAAUUACAAAAGUCUUUAAAUUAAAUUUAUUAGAUAAGAAAAUUAUUAAUUAUUUGUAAGAUAUGCUCAGUAACCCCCAUUUAUCAUAACGCAAAUAUAUUUUAUAAUAUAAUGGGUAAUUUUAGUUUUGAAAUAAAAUUUAAA